CCCACCUAGCGCUCAGCCACAAGCCAGUACACUCUAGCUAGCUACUAGCUUCAUAGCAAUGGCGCCCUCCAAGCUCACCCUCUUCCUCGCCCUGAGCCUGGUGCUCGUGGGAACCUCGCACGGUUGCGGAUCGUGCGGCAACACGCCGUCCGUGCCAGUCCCAACGCCGCCGAUCGCCGUGCCCCCGCCGGCCCUCCCAGUACCAACCCCGCCGGUCGCCGUGCCCCCGCCGGCCGUCCCAGUACCAACCCCUGGUGGCGGCGGUACCUGCUCGAUCAACACGUUGAAGUUGAGCGCGUGCGCCAACAUACUGAACCUGCUGGAGCUCAACCUCGGCGUGCCGGCGAGCGAGCAGUGCUGCCCGCUCCUGAGGGGCCUCGCCGACCUGGACGCCGCCGUGUGCCUCUGCACCGCCAUCAAGGCCAACGUUCUGGGCAUCAAGGUCAACGUCCCCGUCGACCUCGUGCUGCUUCUCAACCAGUGCGGCAAGACCUGCCCCGCCGACUUCACCUGCCCUAGCUAAAUCCAUUGAUACAUCGAUCGAGCUAAAUAUCACAAACUAUGCAUGUUAUACUUAUAUGUGCAUGAGUAGUCGUGGCUCGUGCAUGCAUACAUGCUUACGUUUUCUUUCUUGCACUGACUAUGCAUAAGCUAGUCAUCGAUCAUUGUAUUCCCUACGUUAUGGUAUCUAGAUGAUUCCCAUAUUUGUAAAAUUAUAUACAUACUUGUACACAUACGUGGAAUAAAAAGUUUGUUCAUGUUGUGUUAACCAGA